CACUUAUGAUUGACCAAUAAAUCAAUCAUAGAAAUGAUAGACCGCUCCUUCUCCUUCUCUCUAGUUCAUCUAAUUUGUCUCUGUCUCUUCAGUCUACAAAAGAAGGAAAUAUUGAUCUGCAUGCCACAAUCUGUCCCUCAGCCUUGUGAAUCCUCAGUCGCCACCAAAGCCCUCGGCCUGCAGUUAGCUAGCUAGUUAGCCAUGGUUGGCCCCAGCUUAAAUCUCAACGUAGACGUCAACAAGUGCUUCAGCGGGUUAUGGAAAUCCUGGCGUCGGCCCAACACCGACGUCGAGAGGUUGAAGAAAGAGAUGGAAAAGCUGAAAGCUAAACGGAACGACAUCAAAAGCAAGAUCGAAGAAGCCAAGCGCGGCAGCAACCUCGCAACUGCCGAAGCCAAGCAGUGGCAGCGUGACCUGGAAUCACUGGAAGACCAAGUGGCUGCCAUCUUUGAGGAUUUCACACGCAUCACUUUUCAUGAUAACAUCAAAAUUGGGGCAUGGGGAGGCAGCGGAGAACAGAGAUUUGACAUCGGUGGAUCUGCCUUCCAAAUCACAAGGGUCAGACUCCACGCAGGAAUAGUCGUCGACAGUUUGGAGGUCUCCUACGUCGACGAUCGUAAUAAAGUCGCGACGAGCAGAGCAGGCGGCAGUGGUGGUAAAUUCCACGAGUUUGAACUGCGGGCUGGUGAAUAUAUCAACUCGAUGGUUGGGUCCGUCCGUGAAUACAACGGCGAAACUUGUAUCACUCAGCUGGAAUUCAGGACCAAUUUGGGGAAGCAGCAUGGGCCUUUUGGAGCAGCAGGUAGCAACAGAUUCACAGUUCCGGUCAAGGAUGGCCGCAUUGUUGGAUUCUUUGGCCGGUACACCAAAUAUGUAAAUAAGAUCGGAGUCUAUUUAGCUCCUAAUUAACUGCCCACACAAAAGUUUCUUAUGAAAAAAAAAAAAGUGAAAUUGUAAUUGAGUGCAUUAGCUUGAUAUAAAAUUCUCUAGAUAAUUUUAUCCGAAAAAGAAAUUUCUAUUAA